CAAAUGUCCCCAGGUGUCCCCAGGUGUGUCAGAGCUGUCCCCAGGUGCCCCCAAAGUCUCCUCAAGGUGUCCCCAAAUGUCUCCAAAAUGUCCCCAGGGUGUCCCCAAGGUGUCCCCAAGGUCCCCUCAGGUGUCCCCAGGUGUGUCACAGCUGUCCCCAGCUGUCCCCACAAUGUCCCAAAAUGUCCCCAAAACACCCUAAAGUCUCUCCAAAGUGUCCCCAAAAGUGCCCCCAAAAGUGUCCCCAGGUGUCCCCAAGGUGUCCCCAAGGUGUCCCUGUGUCCCCAGACUGGUGUCACCUGCGCGUCGGUGGCCUCGUGGUGGCCGCGGUGCUGAGCGUGCUGGGGAUCGCCGUGCUCUUCAGUGGGAAGUGCAAGUGCCGCAGCAAGGCCAGCCGCCGCCGCCCCCCCCCGGAGCUGCCACCCCCGUGUGGGACAGGAGCCUGAGAUGUCCCCAAGCGUCCCCAGGAGGGCCUCAAAGUGUCCCCAAAAUGGCCCCAAAUGGUCCUAAAUGUCCCCAGAUGUCCCAAAAUGUCACCAAAUGUCCCCAAAAUGGCCCCAAAUGUCCCCAAAAUGUCACAAAAUGGCGGCAAAAUG